GCUCUUUUAUGGUGGACUUUCCUACCAACUUCUUAUCCCCUCUACUCUAUCAUGAUAGACCAUUUACUUGGUCGCCCUAAUCCUUCCUGGAAACGUACUCAGGUCUUCCUGGUUCUUCUUUUCUGGAUAUGGCGUAUCGUUCGUGGAAGCGAUGGUCCCCCACACGUGUUGGGUUUGAAACGAGCUAAUAGAUUUCUCAAACGCUUCAGCCCAUGGCAGAUUAUACUCACUACCCUCACAACAGCCUAUGCCAUGCGAAACCUCGAUAAGAUACUUGGUUUGAGUUCACCUGAACCACUAGCUCGGCUCUAUUCUCCUGCGUACUACCGGGCAACUUGGAUUGUUACCGGACUCGAUGCAGGAUUUGCUACAGCAAUGUCGGUUCGACCCAAAUGGUUACGCGAUAUAUGUUCUAUCCUAUUCUCCGCGUACUACAUAAUUUAUGCGAAUGAAGGCGAUGAGAAGUUACGUCGUUUCCGAGCUGUUCCUACAGUUGAAAUGCUUCGGGCUACAUGGGAAAAGACUUCGAACCCAUACAUCCGAUUGUUCACCUCUUUAUCCUUACCAUCUCUGACCGUUCGACGCAAGAUUCUGCUACCGAGACCCAAGUCCUCUCACUAUCAACGCCCUGUAACCGCGUAUCUGUUUUAUGCCUUGCCUGCCGCGCAGCUUUUUGAUGCCACUGAACUGGUCCUCGAUUUCCCGGGUGGAGGUUUCCUUUGUAUGACUCCAGAGCAUCACGAAGAACGUUUGAGGCUCUGGGCUGUCAAUACAAAGAAACCAGUUUUGUCGAUUGAUUAUGGGAAAGCACCAGAAUACCCGUAUCCUUUUGCAAUAGACGAGGCGUUUGAUACGUAUCGAAUAUUGGUUGAGUCUAAUGGUACCGUCAUAGGAAUGUCUGGAGAGAGACUUGCAAUUGUUUUAACUGGUGAUUCGGCUGGUGCCACAAUGGCCUGCGGUGUCGUUUUAAAGACGCUGGAGCACAAUAAUUCCAACCCAACCAGACCAUUGCAACUGCCCCUUGCGCUCUUACUGAAUUAUGCAGCUCUUGACUUUAAUUUUGCGUCCUGGAUGACGCAGGAUAAUCUUCGUAUCCUUCGUUCCGAACAGUCUUCGGGGAAUCUCCAUGGACUCGCGGAGCAGAAGGACCAUCUCUCCCAUCUCUCGCCUCUCAGUAUGGUUGACGACAGUGGCUCAAGUGGCAGUACCUGGAAUAGGCGUCCGAAACGACAAAGUAGCUGGCGUGAUACUAUUCGUGGGUUUUCGGGAGCUGUUGAGGACAACGAUGUGGUCAAAGAGCCUUCCACUUUCCGCCGUCCUCGUAUGCGCCGCUCGUUGUCGGCUUUGCGAGCCUUCUCUCCGGAUUGUCGUGAAAGUCCCGACAUGGGAACGACGUUUCACAAACGGGAACAAGACAAACCUCUUCAUGAAAGGGUGAAAUACGACCCAAACGCCUGGAAUGAAGCCGUCUCGUCCGAAAUGAAACAGCAAGAACUAUCUGCUGCUGUCCUUGAAGCUGAUAACCAAGCUGCGAUAGCUAAAAAGAGCCAACCAAGGGAGAAGAAGGAACCCGUUGGUACAAGGCUGACGUUGACGAGUCGAGCAGGAUAUUUUCAAGAUAGGAUUGUGACGCCUAGCAUGGCGAGUUCGCUCCAGAGGCUUGAUUAUUCCUGUCAACUAACCUCCUGUAGAUGCGAGCCAUGGCUCUAUUAUACGUUGGCCCCUAUAGAAAUCCGGAUUUUGCGACCAAUUACUAUAUCUCUCCUCUCCUUGCGCCUUCGGAGCUUCUGGCUAAAUUUCCGCCUCUUCUUUUGUUCUGUGGUGAGGCCGAUCCCUUUAACGACGAUUCCAUAUUGCUAGCAGGUAAUCUCCGUUGGAGAAAUUAAACACCUGAUUAUACCGCCUAAUAUUAUCGUUCUAGGUCGAGUAAGAGAGGCUAAACGUGCACGGAAGGUCGAGCUAGACCUAGCUCUGUCGGGCAAGAGUACGCGGUUCGGUGAAAAUCUACGUAUGAGCACGGCAGAACCUACAUCAGUGGAAGACGCUGCCCGCAUGAGGGAAGAACGAGACAGGCUUGCCCAUGAAGAUGAUUGGGUUCAGUUAACGUUAUUCGCAGGCUGGAGUCAUGGUUACCUACAAAUGUCGGCGCUGAUGUGGGAGGCAAAGGCGGUCAUUGAGGAUCAAGCUGAUUGUAUUGAUGACGCGUUUUCUCGUUACCCUUCGAGGGCAUCAGGAAGCACACUUUCAGAGGCUGCCCUAGUUAAUGGAGGAAGCCUGAAGAGAAACGACUCGGAUGAUUUUGGGAUCACAUUCGUUCCAAAGAGGUAUCAGAGCCAAAAUGGAUUCAAUCCCGACAAGGAGACAAGUGUUACUGAGUCACACGGACCGGCCGAGAAAAUAAUCGAAUCGGAGGUCCCGAAUACUGACGACGAGAAUGUUCCAAAGCCGACAGGAUCGAGUCGACCACAAGCAGGAAAUAAGAUCAGCGAGAUCGAACUAAUGCGACGACGACGACUACUUGAUGCCCAUAUCUUUGAAUGAAGGCAGAUACAGGACUUUAACGUUGUAACAAUAUGUAAAAUCCCAGGCAAUAUAUAAAUCCCAAAACUAG